AUGGCUACACAGUUGCCGUGCUUCACACAGCUCAGUCCACCGUCUUCUACGUGGAUAAAAGAUGUUGGGAACUGCAAGGCUGCGCCUGGUAGGGUGGUCAGAAGUGCUCGAGCUAUGGGCCACUGUCACUUCCGGUGCUGUGCAAGCCCCCGUAGUGCCAACUCUUUCAAGAAGAAAGACUCUUUCCUUGAACUUCAUCCGGAGGCCAUAAGAAUGUCUCCUGUGCUCCCCCACAAUAGACUGCAGAUUGGUCAGGAGUUGACUCGAGGCCUGGGCGCUGGGGGAAACCCUGAUAUUGGGAUGAAUGCGGCAAAGGAGAGCAGCGAGUCCAUUCAGGAAGCUCUUUUUGGUGCUGACAUGGUUUUUGUGACGGCUGGAAUGGGUGGAGGAACUGGAACUGGAGGUGCUCCUGUAAUUGCUGGUAUCGCCAAGUCCAUGGGUAUACUUACCGUUGGCAUUGUCACAACGCCUUUCUCGUUCGAGGGGAGGAGACGGGCAGUUCAAGCUCAGGAAGGAAUAGCAGCACUGAGAAAUAGUGUGGACACCCUAAUUGUCAUCCCAAAUGAUAAGCUAUUGUCUGCUGUUUCUCCAAAUACACCUGUAACUGAAGCAUUUAAUCUGGCUGAUGAUAUUCUUCGCCAAGGCAUUCGUGGCAUAUCUGAUAUAAUUAUGGUUCCUGGAUUGGUUAAUGUUGAUUUUGCUGAUGUGCGUGCUAUCGUGCAAAAUGCAGGGUCAUCUUUGAUGGGUAUAGGGACUGCUACAGGAAAGUCAAGAGCAAGGGAUGCUGCUCUUAAUGCCAUCCAGUCGCCACUGCUUGAUAUUGGAAUUGAAAGAGCUACGGGCAUUGUGUGGAAUAUCACUGGGGGAACUGACCUGACUUUGUUUGAGGUAAAUGCUGCGGCCGAAAUUAUCUACGACCUUGUUGAUCCAAAUGCUAAUCUGAUAUUUGGCGCUGUCAUAGACCCGUCACUGAGUGGGCAAGUGAGCAUAACCUUGAUAGCUACUGGCUUCAAACGGCAGGAUGAACCAGAAGGUCGCGCUUCUAAGGGUGGCCAGCAAGGUGAGAAUGGCCGACGCCUGUCCUCCGGAGAAGGCAGCAUGGUGGAGAUCCCAGAGUUCCUUCGACGAAGAGGACCUUCUCGCUUCCCUCGAGUUUGA